AUGAGCUCGGUCCCCUCCGAAAGUGUCCACUUAGUUGUCCUAGGAGUCUACGACCACGACAUCCGAGCCUCCGGCCUGAAUUUGAUCCCGGAUUUUUCGCGGGUUGAGGUCAAUCUGCCGUUCGUUGACAUCUUCGGCGAUAGCCAGACGAUUUUCCGGUAUGCGCAGAGUCUAGUAAUCAGUGAAAACAUUCUUGCCAUUGCGGGCGCCCAACCGUAUUACACGCCGCCGAGUCCGAUUGUUGCGAGCUUCGAUCCGCCAUGUGAUGCGUAUCGCUCCGACGCUUCAUCCCCUGGAGAGCUACUCUUCGACGCUUAUUCUAUCCUCCACCCGCACGACAGUCCGCUGUUCAAGACUCGCUUUUCGCCUGUAAAGAGCCAGCCAUAUAGCAUAGAGUUAUACCGCAACACGUCGAAUCAAAUCAUCACAAACGGCAAGCUUUGCGAUAACUUCACUACCAUCUUUGAUUCUGCUGUUACAACAGGAGAGUAUGCGCCCGUACCAAUUAAAGCGUAUGUUGAGAUUGGAAAGCCCGCGCUUCCAGAGAGCAGCAAGUGGGAGGAGGUAUAUGGACUGAAGGCGGAUUUUGCGUUUAUCGAGAUGAACUAUCUCGAUUGCGAGCAGUUCAGGUCCUGA